AUGUCGGCCCGCACCGCGACGCUCUCGCGCGUCACCAACGAGACCAAAAUCCAAGUCUCCCUCUCGCUGGACGGCGGCGUCCUCCCCGCCUACGAACCCAGCGAGCACUUCCCCCCUCCCUCCGACCCAAAAGCUGCAGAGGCCGAAAGGCACGGCAUCGUGCCCUCGGCCGAGGCCAAGCAUGCGACCCAGUUCACCGCCACGCAGCAGAUCACCAUCAAUACGGGAAUCGGGUUUCUCGACCACAUGUUGCAUGCGCUGGCGAAGCAUGCGGGGUGGAGUUUGGCCAUCCGCGCCAAGGGAGAUUUAUACAUUGACGACCAUCAUACAACAGAAGAUACCUUCCUAGCCCUCGGCAGCGCAUUCUCAGACGCACUCGGCAAGCGCGCCUCGAUCGCCCGGUUCGGCCGCGGCGACGCCCCCCUCGACGAAGCCCUCUCAUGGGCAGUCAUCGACAUCUCCAGCCGGCCGUGGGCGGUGAUCAACCUGGGCUUCAAGCGGGAGAAGAUCGGCGACCUCAGCACAGAGAUGAUCACGCACGGCCUGCAGAGUUUCGCGCAGGCGGCGGGCGUCACGCUGCAUGUGGGCUGCUCGUACGGCGACAACGACCACCACCGUGCGGAGAGUGCGUUCAAGGCCCUUGCUGUUGCGUGUCGGGCGGCGUGUGCGAGGAGGAGCGCCGGAGAAGUCGGCGCGGGGGAUAUCGUGAGUACGAAGGGAGUUUUAUAA